UGAGGUCCCCAGGAAGCUCUAAACUCGGAUGCCCCUUGCAGGGCCUUUAGUCAAACUCAGGUAGGGAUGGGGAGGCAGGCAUCAGUGUCUUUAGAAUGUUCCUCGGGUAACUGAAAUGGGCCCUGGUCCAACCACUUAUUCCUCUGAGGCCCAAGGACAGCAGCUUGCCAGGGUCACAUGGCCAAUUUGCAGGAGGGUCACAGGAGCAGAUGGAGAUUUCUUCAAUGCUGAGGGUCCUACGGGGAAGAGGGGAGAGAGGGCGUGAAGGCAGAGCAGAGCAGGCAGGCAGGGAGCAAGAGAGACUGGUGGCAGCAUGUGCCCCGUGACCCAGAAGACUUCAUGGACAGUUAGCAGAGGACUCCAGGGCUUUCUCCACUGUUUCACAGAAGGGAGACUGAGGCACAGUUGCCCAAGGAAAAGCACCAGCCUGGGGGGGGGCGAGUCAUCAUUAGUGCCCGGUUACUUCUGGAGCUUGGCCAUGACUUCAGUGUCAGGAGGCAGCCUAAGAGGAUAGCUGAGUUUUUCCCUCUGACAAGCGUUUGGACUGGUUUCUCUUCCAGGCGUAUUUAGACUCUUCCUCAAGGUUUUGCAAAUGUUGGCAGUAACCACAGCGGCCACAGUGAUGGUGGAGCCAAGCCUCGUUCUGAACCCUGGUCCCCCGGGGAGACAAGAACUUAACGCCCGUGGCUUCAGUUUCCCCUUCUUCAAAAUGUGAUCCCUUCUGAGACUAAAUGAGAGGACGUACGUGAGAGUGCCAGGGACACAGAGCUGAGGACCUGUGCCCCUGAGUGACUGCAGGCAUAAUGGUGCUUAUGUGAGCAGCUACCAAAGGGGACAGCAGGCUCUGGGAGCACGUGUCUCUGGGUGCUGCUGGCCUUGUGGGCCAUGGUGGCAUGGGUCUGUCGUUCUUAAGGACAUUUUUUUCUGUCUGAGAUGAAGAAGAACCUCUCGGUUCCCCAUAGUAAGGACUUACUGAGCUGGAGUAAACCAGGACCUGGGGCCGUUCAUACUAGAUUAAUAUAAAGAAGAAAAGAAGAAAGAAAAGAUGCUCAAAAGACGGGCUUCCUGGCAUCGGAUCUGCUGCCAGUCCGCUGCACAGCCCCAGGUAGUUUCCAUGGCUGUGUUUUCGGCAGGGACAGGAAUGUUGUGUUUUUGCAACCAUCAGCUCAUGGCUGCCUUGAGUCAGGGCCCUGAGUUCAUGCUUACCUGGCAGACAGGUGACAGCAAUCUGUCAGGAUGUGAGGAGACCAGAGAGAGGCAGGAGCGCCACGUUUGGCUGAAAGGCCUCGCAGAGGCAGCAACUUGUCAAGUGGGUCCUGACAAGUCACCAGGACCCUUGCAGGUAAGGGGAGCAGGGGCAGUGAGGCCUCUGCAAAUGCUCAGGGAAAGGUUGAUGUGUCACAAACAGGAACUUACUCUUCUUGAUUAUUCCUGGAGGCUCUGUGAUCCCAGCACCCCGCGGUGCUCUGGGGACCUGCAAGCACGGCAGCCUCCGCAGCUUUCUCCGCAGCUUUUCGCCCGAACUGCUAUAGAAACGUCCUGCCAAGAUUUGGGGCAGGCUUUGGAGAUAGGAUUUUCCCAAGCGCCACAGCCCCCACACUAGCCUCCUCUGACUUGACCCCAAGCUGGUUUAGGGUUUCCUUCAGAGAUAUGGGGAGUGGUGGAACUGAGAGAGGCCACCUGUCAGGCGCGGCACAGGCAGGACCUGUGGAGGUGAGCACAGGGACAUAUGUGUUUACAGGUUCACCCUGAGGGCACAGGACACCCUGCAGAGGAAGAACACUCGCCUGACCUGGCCCUUUCAAACCUGCUGCCUCUCCAUGGGGAGCCGCUCCUGGCCCCCUGUACAUCCCCAUCUGCCUCUCUCUCACCGUCCUCUCCUUCUCUUCCUCUUCUUCCUCUCCUCGCAGCACCUCCUAUCAGAGGGAAAAGGAAGCAGUCAGAGGGGGGUGACCCCCCAGACCCACCUGUGUCCCCUCAACCUGAUGGUGAGCAGAGUAGGAGCCAGAGCCCCAUCCAGCUGGAGGAUGCCCUCGAGGCAGGCGGGGAGCGGGAGGAGGAGCAGGCCUUCCUGGUCAGCCUCUACAAGUUCAUGAAGGAGCGACACACACCCAUCGAGAGGGUGCCCCAUCUUGGCUUCAAGCAGAUUAACCUGUGGAAGAUCUACAAGGCAGUGGAGAAGCUGGGGGCCUAUGAAAUGGUGACUGGCCGCCGCCUCUGGAAGAACGUGUAUGACGAACUAGGGGGCAGCCCUGGCAGCACCAGUGCGGCCACGUGCACGCGCCGUCACUACGAGAGGCUGGUCCUUCCAUAUGUGCGACACCUAAAAGGGGAGGAUGACAAGCCGCUGCCCCCUUCCAAGCCCAGGAAGCAAUACAAGAUGGCCAAGGAGACUCGGGGGGACGAUGGGGCCACUGAGAGGCCGAAGAAGGCCAAGGAGGAGAAGCCAGUGGGCCAGAUGAUGCCAGGAAAGACUAAGACAGAUGCCACAGACCUGGUGAGGCCCCCCAGCCAGGAGUCCUCCCGGGACACCACGGAGCAGCCAGGCCCAGCUUCUGGGUCCUCAUUGCCCUUCAUGGGUGCCAGCAGCUGCCCUGAGGCCUACAAGCGGCUCCUGUCUAGCUUCUACUGCAAAGGGACACAUGGCAUCAUGUCACCACUGGCCAAAAAGAAGCUCCUGGCCCAGGUGAGCAAGGCAGAAGCCUUGCAGUGCCAGGAGGAGGGCUGUCUCCAUGGGGCAGGUGGCCCCAACAGGGAGCCCCAGGUGUCCCCAGCUGCUCACCUCCCGGAAAGUCCCUCGAAUCCAGGAGGGCCGUCCGAGAACCCCAGGCACCGGCUGGCCGCUCAUGAGGGAUCAGAGGCCCCCGGUGGCAACCUCAGGGAGGAGGCUCAGGCGAGCCCCCACCCUCCAGCCCCCAUCUUCACUGGUUGUUUCCAUGCCUGCCCCUCCAAGGUACUGAAGCCCAUCAGCCAGCACCCCCGGGACUUCUUCUCCUAUCUCAAAGAUGGGGUGCUCUUGGGGCCCUCUAGCCAAGAGAGGGGGCUGCCGGCCAGAGAGCCACCGCUGGUGUGGGGUGGGGGUGCCAGCCGCCCCUCUGCAUUCCGCAAAGGUGGUCCCACAAAGGACAGCCUCUGUCCCACGCCCAAAGCUUGCUGGGUGACCCCCAUGGCCAAAGCCUCUGCUGACAGCCCUGUGCCCCUGCCCACCUUCCCUGGCAGCCCAGGCCUCAGUAAGCGCAGCCGGGAGGAAGAGGGUUUUGCCCCUUGUGGCAAAAAACUACGGGCAGUGUCACCCUUCCUCAGGGAGGUGGACACCAAGGAGUGUGGGGCCAAGUCUGUGGGGCCUGGCCUGGCUGUCUCCUGCCUGCUGGGCCCAGCCCUGGGGCCUGCACUCCCAGAGGCCUACAGGGGCACCAUGCUGCGCUGCCCACUGAACUUUGCCAGCACCCCAGAUCCCUUAAAGGGCCAGACCACACUCCCCUUGAGCCCUCUGGUCAUCCCAGCCUUCCCGGCUCACUUCCUGGCCACUACAGCACCCUCGCCCAUGGCUGCUGGCCUGAUGCACUUCCCCCAGGCAUCCUUCGACAGUGCCCUCCGCCACAGACUUUGCCCAGCCUCGUCUGCGUGGCAUGUGCCACCUGCCACAACCUAUGCAGCACCCCACUUCUCUUUUCACCUCAACACCAAGCUGUAGGUCGGAGCCCGCAGUGCUGUGCUGUGGAGGGUCUGAUGUGGCCCGCGCUGGGGGACACUGCCAGUGGGCUCUGUGCCGGAGCCUAUACCACAGAAGAGCUGGACUGUGCCUGAGCAGGAACGGGCCCCUGCCAGGACAGCCUGGCACAGAGGGAGGUGGAAGGAAGAUGGGGUUUGCCGGGGGCUGGGGCCCAGUUGGAAGGCCCUGAGAAGACAGGUGCAGGGCCAGCAGCUCCCAGCUGGGGCCCUUGGGAGCAGAGGCCAGGGAUGGGUAAGGGAUAGCAGCUUGAGGCAUCCAGGUGCCCAAGGGAAAUCCAAUAAAACGUGGUGUGAACCCACCCA